UUUGUUGUUCUAGACCUGUUCAUUAUAACAAUGGCUAUCAGCCAAACUAUACUAGGCUUCAUCACUUUCACUUGUUUGAUGCACAUAACGAAACCUUCAAACUUGAACACUGACACGUUACUACAGGGUCAUGAGUUCACAACAAGUGACCGUUUGAUUUCACCUACAGGUUGGUAUACAAUGAGUUUCUUUCAGCGAGAAGGCUCUGCAGAUUUCUACCUUGGAAUUGGAAAAUCAGCUGAAAAUUCAACUGAUCAGAAUUUCUGGAUAGCCAAUAGAGACACGCCAAUCCACGACCCUGCACCGUUUCUCACAAUUGAUGAAUUUGGUAACUUGAAAAUUAUUUCCAACCGGGAUAUAAAUUCCACUAUCAUGCUCUAUUCUUCUGAUGCUGGAAGAGAAGUUAACAAUAAUAACAGUACUACUUCUACUUCUACUACUACUACCUUCAACGCCAUAUUGCAAGAUACCGGCAACCUUAUGCUUCGUGAAAUGAACCAAAAUGGAUCUUUGAAGCGGAUAUUGUGGCAAAGCUUUGAUCACCUCUCACACGUUCUCAUGAUGGGGAUGAAACUAGGGUUUGACAGAAAAACUGGUCAAAAUUGGUCUAUAACAUCACGGAGAAGUGAAGAGACUUAUUUGUCAGGGUCUUUCACCCUUGCCCUUGAGCCCACAACGAAGCAAUUGGUGAUAUGGUGGAAAGGGAACAUUUUGUGGAGUAGUGGGCAAUGGAGCAAUGGAAACUUUGCGAAUCUAAAGUCCCAAGCUUACCAGAAGGACUUUGAAUUUGAUUACUACUCAGAUGAAAAUGAAACCUAUGUGUCAUAUCUUGCUAGUUAUAUCUACAUAGCACCUUCAGGUUCAGUAUAUGGCGGCGCUUCUGGUUCUUCUUUUUCAUGCUUCAGUGAUUACAUUCUAUCUGGUUGUUCAAUGCCAAGUGUUCCCAGAUGUAGAGAUUAUGAUAGCUUGUAUCGGGGUAGCUGGAAUAGCUACGGAGUAAUGUCAGGGAAGGGUUUCAAAUUUGAUGAAAGUGAGAACCUCACAAAUUUUGAUUGCUGGAUGAAGUGCUUGAAUAAUUGCAGUUGUGAAGCCUACUCUUAUGUUAACGAUGAUGAAACUGGGUGUGAGAUAUGGAGCAGAGACUCAGCAAACUUUGUAGCCACUACUAAUUUGACAGGUGGAGGGCGUCAGAUAUACUUCCUUGUUCCCAGAAAAAAUGGCAAUACUAAGAUAUGGAUCAUAAGCACAAUAGUUGGAACUCUCAUACUAAUCAUCUUAUGCUUCACAUGCACUAAGUUGCAGAAAAAACUAAAACUGAAAGCCGAAGAUCGCAAGAAGCGAACGAAGUUAUUGUAUGAAAUCGGAGGAAAUACUGCAAUUUCCAUUGCUUAUAAUGAAAUAAAAGAACGGAAGAAAGAUGGAAAGACUAGUGAUGAUAUGUAUAUUUUCGAUUUUCAAACUAUUCUUGAGGUAACCGCUAAUUUUUCUUCCACCAAUAAGAUAGGAGAGGGUGGUUUUGGACCUGUCUACAAGGAAAAGUUGCCAAGUGGACAAGAAGUAGCCAUUAAGAGACUUUCCAAAAGCUCGGGGCAAGGUUUGGUAGAGUUUAAAAAUGAAGCCAUGCUAAUUGUCAAACUCCAACACACCAACUUAGUGAGGCUACUUGGUUUUUGUAUUGACAGAGAAGAAAGGAUAUUAGUUUAUGAGUAUCUCCCCAACAAAAGCUUGGAUUUGUACCUCUUUGGUUCUAAUCACAACACUACACUAGAAUGGAAUAUUCGAUGCAAGAUUAUUGAAGGAGUUGCACAAGGACUUGUAUAUUUACACCAAUACUCAAGAUUAAAAGUGGUACAUAGAGAUUUGAAAGCAAGUAACAUUUUAUUAGACAAUCAAUUGAAUCCAAAAAUAUCAGAUUUUGGUAUGGCGAGAAUAUUUGGAUUGAUAGAAUCUGAAGAACGAACUAACAGGAUUGUUGGAACAUUUGGUUACAUGUCUCCGGAAUAUGCAAUGAUGGGUGUGAUCUCUACCAAAACAGAUGUUUAUAGCUUUGGCAUCCUUUUACUAGAGAUUCUAAGUGGAAAGAAAAAUAGUAGUGAUUAUCCAUUUAAUCUUGCUUUUAAUGCAUGGAAACUAUGGAAUGAAGGUGAAGCUCUGACACUAACGGACACUAACAUGAACGGAUCAUACUCCCCAACCCAAGUGUUAAGAUACAUUCAUAUUGGUCUGUUGUGCACACAAGAUCAAGCAAGAGACAGACCUACAAUGCUUGAGGUUGUUUCUUUUAUUUCAAAUGAAAAUGGUGAUUUACCAGAACCUAAGCAACCAGGAUUUUGUGUUACUGGACCACCGGAAGAGGAACGCUACACUUGUUCCGUAAGGGAGACAACAAAUUCGUUGACAUCAGGUAGAUAAAAUAUUAGUUCUUGGAAGAGUUCAAAAUCUGUAAUAAUAAUUUCUGAAUAUAUAUAUAAAAUAGUGAAGAGAAGUGCUCAAUUUUCCAAUU